CCCACCCCAGCAUCGCAGCCAAGUGCUGGCCGAGGGCGACCCAAGGGUUGGAAGCCAGGCAUGUCUUACACUUCACUUCGCGGACCAAGUUCUGCAGUGAAGCCUGUUCGGCAAGCCAAGCCAAAGACUCUCCCUCCAGGGCACGCAAAACGGCGUGGAAGACCGCCAAAAGCGCCGUCGCCUCUUCCAUGGCAAGUUUACCAGUCUCUGGAGAAAUCAUUCGCAGCCUUCUUAUGUGAAUGGGGGAGUUGUAAAGCUGAGCUCCACAACUUGGAUACAUUACGACGCCAUAUCUCGGUGGUUCAUUGUCGUAAAAGACCAUUUGUAUGCCACUGGGACAAGUGUACUGAGGAGGUGCCGACUAGGGUUUUUGCUGAUCAACCAUCGCUUCAAACACAUAUCGAAAAGGCACACCUUAUACCGUUCAGUUGGCAUGUAGGUGAUGGACCGCAGAAUAACAGUAGUCGGGGGCAGCGCCCGGAAGAUGAAGAGAUUCCCGAUUAUUUAAAAGAUGAACACGGCAAUCAAGUAACGCCAUCCGUACGUGACCAGGAAGUGGAGGACUUUGUUACAUGGAAGAACAAUCGUCAAAAACUAAAGGAUCUGCUUGUUCGGAUGAAUGAGAACCUACCAAGCGAAGAAUCGGAUUCC